UUCCUUUGGGUAGCAGACCAUUUACGUUUUGCUUCAGUGAGCCACACAGUUCGGAACGCGCGCGAGGAAGAAGACAGCCCUCGUCUAAUCUUUUUACUCAAACCAAGCGUUGUUCUCUUUCGCUCGUUUCAGAUACAAUGAAUUGCUCGCAGCAGUGUUCAAUGAAAGGAACCCUUGAUAUCUUUAUACACUUGCACUUCAGGCUAUAUAUAGUGUGUGCAAAGAAAUUUUAGAUAAAAGCUACAACUAUCAGGGAAAUUUAUAUCUCGUUGGAACAACAUCUUCGGACCACCAGCCAAUCGAGACUAUCAAAAGUCCAGAUAGCGUUUACUGAUGGCGGAGAAUUUUAAAAUUACAACUUUAACUGUAGAUCUGCAUUAUGUACUGGUAAGUAACACCCAAGCACCGCGGUCCCCAUCCCUACCAUCUCAAGUGAAUUCAUUUAGUAAAUAGUAUUAAUAAACUUGGUCUAGCUUGUGACAUUGAUAUUCGGCUGCAGAAAAAAAGCGGUCCUAAAAGCUUGACGUGAGGCGAGGUCCACUAUUAUGCCGCAAAUUUUUAAUCAAAUAAUUGAAACACAAUUAUAUUAAAAUUAUAUUUGUUUCAGAAAUGAAUUCAUUAGGACUUGCUAUGACCACUGGUGCAAAAACGCAGUUAAAUUUUAUCGUUUCAUGACCAAAGCGGGCUUGUGCAAAAUUAUUUAUUUAAAAUUAAUUAUUUAUAGUGCAGAAAACAAUAACGUCGUUAGUCAAAAAUAGCGCCAGGAUAUUGCGCGAGGCGGUUUUAGCAUAGAGCAAGAGAAAACAAUAUAAUAUUCGGUAAUUAAAAUCAUUUCUGCACAUAAAAACAACCUGCGCGUUAAAAAAAAAAAAAAAUUAAACCGAUUAGACAAGGUGCAAUGAAUUUCUGCUCUGUUGUUUUUGGAAUUGCUUAGUCAUCAGCCGAUGAAGGCUAUCGAAGGCCAUCGAAAAUCGGAAAUACUUAUCAAAUUAUUGGUUGAAAUACUAAUUCGCCGACGUGAUAGUGGUGUAGCGGCGAUGAGAAAAAGAGACAUUUCGUAUACGUGUCUACUUGAAGGUUUAGGUACUCCUUUCAAUCUAAGGCACAAAACUGUCAUUUCUCUCCUCUAAAGAGCGCCUGCCUUAGCGAUAUAAAAUGCCAAGCCGUUUUGGAUCUACAAAUUCCCUGCUGGUUUGGUUCGGUUUGAUGACAACCAUAGCAAUAGACACAAGUAGAACUGCUAUCUGUCCAGGUGAAGGUAACAUCACAGAUUCACGAGGAACCUUGCAGAGUCCGGGCUACCCAAAGGCUUACCCAAAGAGCACAGUUUGUGUUUGGGUCAUAACAGCUCCACGAGGCGAAUACGUGAGGCUUCUGAUAAAAGCAAUAGACUUAGAAUACUGCGUUCUGUGCCAUUGUGAUUAUGUGGAGGUGAGAGAAGGAGCAAGCGCCGAUGGUCAGCUUAUUGGCAGGUUUUGCAAUCAAAAGAGGACAACUGUUUAUUCCGAGGGAAGACAGUUGUGGGUGAAAUUUAGAUCAGACAUGGCGUACCAGCGAAAGGGAUUCUCCGCAAGCUUCUCGAGGAUAAAAUUACGAAAGAAAGAGCCAAUCUUUCUUCACGCCAAUGAUACGUCUGGAUUCAUCAAAAGUUCCAAUAACCCAGCCGUUUGUGGCUCCGGCAGACAGUGCACCUGGGUAAUUUUCGCACAUGAAGGGUACAAUGUGCAGCUCGCACUGGGAUUAUUUGAAUUUCCGUCGUGUUUUGGAUCGUACAUAGAAAUCAGGGACGGCCCUAGAUGUUCAAGCCAACUCAUUGGAACGUUCUGUGGUGAUGAGAGGCCUCCACCUGAUCUCUGUUCUUUAGGAAACAGUUUAUACAUAACAUUUAAAUACAACUCCACAAGAGACUUACAAAUGAACCGUUUUGAGCUGUUGUACAGAGAGGUCCAGUGCACUAAGCAAGCACAAAAGAACCUAAUAUUUACUGAGCCAGUGAACUCUGAACACUGGAGAAGCAUGGCUGUUGGAAUCGCCUGUACAAGUUUCUUUCUUUUCGUAGUUUUAGUGGGCUGUUUUCUUAAGAUUGCCAGCAAUCAUCGCUUUGCAGGUUUAGAGCGUGCGACUUCACAGAUCGAGUUGAAUCCAUUCGAGUCCUCCAUCACCGAGGAAACUACUCUGUGCAAUGACGGGGAACAAUUAAGUCGAUAUAAAAUGCCAAGCCGUUUUGGAUCUACAAAUUCCCUGCUGGUUUGGUUCGGUUUGAUGACAACCAUAGCAAUAGACACAAGUAGAACUGCUAUCUGUCCAGGUGAAGGUAACAUCACAGAUUCACGAGGAACCUUGCAGAGUCCGGGCUACCCAAAGGCUUACCCAAAGAGCACAGUUUGUGUUUGGGUCAUAACAGCUCCACGAGGCGAAUACGUGAGGCUUCUGAUAAAAGCAAUAGACUUAGAAUACUGCGUUCUGUGCCAUUGUGAUUAUGUGGAGGUGAGAGAAGGAGCAAGCGCCGAUGGUCAGCUUAUUGGCAGGUUUUGCAAUCAAAAGAGGACAACUGUUUAUUCCGAGGGAAGACAGUUGUGGGUGAAAUUUAGAUCAGACAUGGCGUACCAGCGAAAGGGAUUCUCCGCAAGCUUCUCGAGGAUAAAAUUACGAAAGAAAGAGCCAAUCUUUCUUCACGCCAAUGAUACGUCUGGAUUCAUCAAAAGUUCCAAUAACCCAGCCGUUUGUGGCUCCGGCAGACAGUGCACCUGGGUAAUUUUCGCACAUGAAGGGUACAAUGUGCAGCUCGCACUGGGAUUAUUUGAAUUUCCGUCGUGUUUUGGAUCGUACAUAGAAAUCAGGGACGGCCCUAGAUGUUCAAGCCAACUCAUUGGAACGUUCUGUGGUGAUGAGAGGCCUCCACCUGAUCUCUGUUCUUUAGGAAACAGUUUAUACAUAACAUUUAAAUACAACUCCACAAGAGACUUACAAAUGAACCGUUUUGAGCUGUUGUACAGAGAGGUCCAGUGCACUAAGCAAGCACAAAAGAACCUAAUAUUUACUGAGCCAGUGAACUCUGAACACUGGAGAAGCAUGGCUGUUGGAAUCGCCUGUACAAGUUUCUUUCUUUUCGUAGUUUUAGUGGGCUGUUUUCUUAAGAUUGCCAGCAAUCAUCGCUUUGCAGGUUUAGAGCGUGCGACUUCACAGAUCGAGUUGAAUCCAUUCGAGUCCUCCAUCACCGAGGAAACUACUCUGUGCAAUGACGGGGAACAAUUAAGUUGACAUUUAACAAAAGAAGGACAAGAUACGGUAAAAAGACGAGACAGAAAAGAUUAUUAACUCAUCUUCACUUGGCCAUGUCAGGACUGUUAAUGAGUCGAAGGAUUGAUAUGACACUCCAUUUGAAAGGCCGGAAGAAGGCGACAGUGAAUGUAUGAAACUAAAUUAAGAAAGAAGUUAUUUUGAAAGUGCGCGAUGGAACUUUAUACUGUGCUGUUGAUUGCACUUUACGUUGACAGUUUGCAGCGAGAAGUGGCUUCUCUGAUAUGUGUAUAUUGUGCUCUGCUCCCCCCCCCCCCUAC